AUGAAGUACUUGAUGGAACUAGUAGUGUUCUUUUGGUUCUUGGCUUUAUUAAAAUGUACACACCAAGCAGAUUUAAAUAUUGCAAUAGUCGGCAGUGGCAUAGGUGGAACAUCUUGUGCAUAUUUUUUAAAAGAAAUAUUUAAAGAUUUAGUUAAUUUAGAUAUUUAUGAGGGCAAUAAAGUUGGUGGAAGACUAGCCACAGUAAUGAUGAGUGAUGGCAAUGAAUAUGAGACUGGUGGAUCAGUUAUACACCAAAGGAACAGAUAUAUGUCUAAUUUUGUCACAAAUUUAGGACUUCAAAAACGUAAGUCAGUAUUUAAAAAUGAACGACUUGGUUUGUACAAUGGAAAAGAUUUUGAUUUUAUCGAAAAUGACAACUAUUUGGUUAAUAUGAUGAAUAUCUUAUGGCGGUAUGGUUACAGCAUUAAACGUUUGCAAGAAUUUAUUAACAGUAUGCUUGACAAGUUUGAAAGAAUAUAUGAACUACAGGCCAAUGGCGUAAGUUUUGAUUCUACGUAUGACUUACUCAAAGCAAUGGAUCCUUCAUUUGUCAACUAUCUAAAUAUAUCAGUGAGAGAUGCAUACUUGAAAGAGGAACAUUUUUCUGAGGCUUUAAUCACUGAACUUGUUCAGGCGUCCCUUAGAGUGAACUAUGGACAAAAUACCAAUGUUCAUGAAUUUGUUGGAUCAGUGUCUAUGGCUGGAAUGGAUGGAUCAUUAUGGUCAGUAAAAGGAGGUAACAAAAGAGUUGUCGAAAAACUUCUUGAAAAGUCCAAUGCACAUUUAGUGCCUGAAUAUGUUGUCCAAAUAUCUAGAAACAAUGAUUCAUAUACAUUGUUGACCAAUUUCAAAAAGAAAGCAACUUACGAUUAUGUUGUGUUUGCUGCACCUCUUGCAGAAAAUCAGAAAGUACCCAUCACUUUUUCUAACAUGCUAUUAGAAUUGAACAAAGUUGGUAAAUACCACCAAACAGUAAGUACAUUGGUUGUUGGCGAGAUGAAAAGAACAAAAUUUACUCCCAUUUCUGAUGAUCUUAUACCAAUUACAAUUAUAUCAAACAACGAAAAUGAAUUUUUCAAUUCAAUCAGUAAUGUUGAAGGAGUUAAUGAAACUGCCAGUUUAAAUGUUUGGAAAAUAUUUUCUCAACAUCCACUUUCUAGCAAUCAAAUAGACUAUUUAUUUGAAAAUGUAAGUGAUGUUAAAGUUGUAGAUUGGUUAGCAUAUCCUCAUUAUAAAGUCCCAACAGAAACACAAAGUUUUCACAUAGCUGAUAGGCUGUAUCACAUAAACGCCAUUGAGUGGACCGCAAGUGCCAUGGAAAUGAGUUGUAUUGGAGCAAAAAAUGUUGCACUCUUAAUCAAGAAACACUAUUACGGGGAUGAACAAAAUGAAACAAACAAACGGUCUCAUAUGGAAUUAUAAUGAAUUUAAAGAGGCUAAUAAUAUAAUAUCAACAACAAAAUUAUGUUAUGUAUUUAAAUAAAACAUAAAUAUGAUAAGUGUAAAAUAUACAAAA